GCGGGGCGUGCGAAUGGGUCUCCUGAGGGGCAAGAUGGCGACGUUGGUGGUUCUACGCUGCUUCGGGCGGCUGGUGCCUGGUGGGCGCUACAGGUUUCCCCGGGCCGGCCUGCGCGGUACGCCCGUUCUCGCGCGUCUCUGCGGCAGCAGCGGCCUCUCCCCGGCUUCGGGGCUCCUCGCGCCCCACCCCCAGUGCGGUGUCUCCUCAGCCCCGCGCUCCCCCUCCCCCGAGCCGCCGUCGCCGCGGAGUGAGGACAGCGAGGGCUACGUCUACCUCAGCCGCAGCUGCGUGCAGAGGCUGCUGGAGAUCACAGAAGGGUCUGAGUUCCUCCGUCUGCAGGUGGAGGGAGGUGGCUGCUCUGGAUUCCAGUACAAGUUUUCCUUGGACACUGUUAUCAAUCCUGAUGAUAGAGUGUUUGAACAAGGUGGUGCCCGUGUGGUUGUGGAUGUGGACAGUCUGGCCUUCGUGAAAGGGUCCAUGGUAGACUUCAGUCAGGAGCUGAUUCGCAGCUCAUUCCAGGUGGUGAGCAACCCACAGGCUGAGAAGGGCUGCUCAUGUGGAACAUCCUUCUCUGUCAAACUCUAACUGGACUCUUCCCUGAGUGGUGCUUGGUGAACAUUGGGCCACAGACCCAGCGAACUUGUUGCUUUCCCAGUUUCCCCCAUCCUUGUCCUCAGUUUAUUACACAGUUGCUGCAAACAAUCCCAACUGUGUUUCAAUCUGAACAAAGCCUGCAGCCAGGCCCCACUGAACUCUCCCUUCAAGAAUGUGAAGUAGACUUCAGUGCACACAAGAGAGCAUUCUCUGUCCUCUACAAAGUCCUGUGGACUGGCCAGUGUACCAGGUUGCUGUGGUGCCAGAUCUCCUUAACAACCUCCCCACCCCACCUCCCCCAGCGUGUGGAACUGCUUGUUUUGCUGGAACUGCUUGUACAUAUAAAUAUUGUUGAGAGGUUUUGCUUUUUUUGUUUUCUUUUUUUUUUUAAAGAAAUCUUGAAAUUCCCAUUGUUUAUAUUUUCAUGCAUUUCCAAUUGCAGUUAAAAUGUAUGCUGACAUGCUGUUGCCUCCCCCUGUUAUAGCCAUCUGGCUAGAGGACUCCUUGGGUGUUUCUCCUGUAACCCAGGGUUUCUUGCUCUGCCCUCUCCACCUAGCUGUGAACCAUCCCAAAUAACUUGUUCUAGAGAUCUUCUUAACAAAGAUCUUCAGCAGUGAGCGCCGUUCCCAUCUCCUCUGGCCCUUUUGCUUCCAGGAGACUGCAGACAGUUCUGUGCUGUCAGCAUGUAUGGGGAGAUGGUGCUCUCUGCUCUGUGUAGGUGAGGCAGAAUGAUGUGUGUAGGGGGUGAUUUAAUAAUUGAAGUAUUUUUAAAAACAACAUAACUUGGUCUGUUUCUCAACCUGGUUCUCUGGAUUUUAAAAAGUAGCACAAGCCAGCAGAUGUCCUUUAUGUUGUCCUUUGCCAGCAGCGAACAGGGACGGGACUUUAUAUUGAAAGGUGGAGAUAAGUGCCUGUAGUCACAACUGGAAGUUCUGUCCUGCACCAAACAUGGAUUUUAAUCAGUUGAGAAACUUUGUUCCAAGUUUUGCCUUAUAACUGAAUCUCUCUCCUUGCUUGUUUUCAUAACUAAUCCCUCUUUCCCUUCAUAAAAUAGUGCUGGCCAACCACCCUAGUAAGCAGGGAGCCUAGCGAUUUGUGUUGUAAACUCUGUUUCAGUUGCAACUUUCUGAAAUUUUCACAGUUCAACUGAAAUUUUACAUGCAUGGUCUGUGCUGGGUAUGAGUUUUGGUUAAGCUUAGGCCCAAGUAUCUCCACCUGCUUCUGGGUGAGAAAAGAGAUGGGGAAGUUUAGCUUUUCCUGUCGUCUUGAGAUCUUUAAUGGCUCUGCAGCCAAAUCACUUGGGAUUUAAAAAUAUCAGUUUCUGAUGCAAACUGGAGGAACUGCAUGACUUUGCUGUGGAGUAAUCCAGUGGGAUUAGAGCAAGACCAUGCCUUUGAGAAUCGAAUAACAAACAGCAAGCUACUUUUUUGUUAAAUUUGCUAAAUACUUGCCUAAGAGGGGCUUGUGCGGGGGUGUGCAGCUGAAUACCUGCGUACAGAUGUUGCUGCUGCACUGAGUGGGACCCAGCCAGUCAGAAUCUCUUGCUCCACCCCUUAAGUGCUGUGGGAGACCACUACUGCUUGCUUCUCUUUGGCCUGGAGGAAUGUGCCCAAGGUUGGGAUCCGAGAGGGCUUGAGCUCUGAUCUUACCUUUUCCCUAACUGGCUUUAAUUGCUUCCCAAAAUUGACAAGCUUCGUUUAAUUCUGUCACACACUUGGAGAGCUGAGUGUAAUAUCAUCCUAUUUGAUGGAUGGGGCAGCUGAAGACACUUGUCUAAACUCCCAUUGGAAUAUUGGACACGGCUGGGAAGGGCACAUUAUCUGUGUCCUGUCCAUUACAUCACAGUUAAUCUUAUGCACAUCUUAGAGGGUCAGAUCUAAAGCUUAGUGUAGGUACACAGCUUUAUGACUAACUGUGUUCUUUCAUGAGGAAUAAAACUUCCUCCAGUCUCUUAUCUGUAGCUUAAUUUUCUGUGUUAAGAAGCAAAGUGCUUGGUCUGAGACCAAUACCCUUCAGCCUUGGACAGGUCUGUCUCAUUGUAGCCUUUUUGGAAAAUGCAAACAUGGCAGAGAGUAAUGGGGAAGUAUGAAAUCUAACUAAACUAAUCCGACUUCAUGGAAUCUUUUUAACUGAGCAGUCUGUCUGUGAUUCUUUUAUGUGGAAUUUAUACCUACCUGUUUUAUUUGCUUUGUACCUUAUGAGGAAGGACCAUUUACUCACUUUCUCUGUCACUUACACAAUGGUCUAAGAAAGCACUUGCAUAUACAAGCAAUUUUUGCCUUUCACAGAAACCACCCCCUGAGUAACAUGUAAAGGAUGAAAUUUCAUCCCUUUUGUUAAGUGACAUGAGUAGCUAUUUCUGUCCUACCAUGUAGGAAACCCACAUCUGUGGUUUUUCUCUACUGGGUUAUCUUAGCAGUACCUCUGUAAAAUCACUAGGUGGCUCCCUUACUCUUUAGGAGUGGGAUUGUUUGAGUUCUGUGAAAACUUCCCCUAAAUCUAGGGUCUGGCUAGAGUGCCCUUCCUUUGGUCCUCUGAUGAGCAAAGAUGUUGCAGCUUCUGGGGCUGUCCAGGGACCAGUUCAGCACUGGUGUAAGAACAGUUUUUUUGGUUUGGGCACGAGAGGUUGUUCUGGAGAUCAGAGAAAUUCUGGCAACAUGACCGAUGCUGGGAUCUACAAAAAAGUCUCAUUAUCCUACUUCUAACUCAGUCAAGGGAAACUGUCUGUACUGGCCAGAAUCACUGGUUUUACAGCAGCAUUUCACCAAUGCAGUGAUGCAAACAGUCCAAAUGAAAAUGGAGAAUUGGCUCCCUUCAGGAUCCUGCCAACUCUAGAAAGAGAAUUAAAUGUGUCUGAGAUCUAGCCAUCAUUAGUCUACUUCCUAUUCACUUAGUAUCCGUCUGGGAAGUCAAAGACAGAGGUUGUAGUAAUGGAAGUGAAACAAGGAAUGCACUGAGUAAGUUUUGACUGGGAGGUUUAGAGAUCUGUUGGGCAAAUAUGCUCAAGUUGCAAGCCUGUUGGGCAAGGCAGAUGACGUAGUCCAGUGUCAGAGGAAGGCGAGUGUGAGUGAGGUUAAGUUAAAAGUUUGCUUUAGUCUGUUAUGUGCAUUUGACAGGUAACAUUCAGGAAAAGCCUUAGUAGAGCAAGGUUAGUUAAGAGCAGGGUGGUGGAUAAGGGUUAUGAGCAUCAAGGUAGUGCCUAGAAUACAGAGCAACUGUCACCUAAUGAAAGUGUCUAGAAGAGGUGGGUAGGGGAAGAUGGGCAGACUUCUGUGUGACUUCAAAGAAGAUGAGAGGUUGGAGGAUGAGUACCUACAUCUUCCACAGUAAGCAGGAGAGGAAUGCUGUAUUCUGUGCCUCCCUUGACAGUAAAGAAGUGACCAGAGAGGUAGAAGAACCAAGCAGGGUGUUUAUAGAAGCUAGGUUAGGAUGAUAUGUUAAGCAGAAGGGUAUGUGCAGUAGGUUCAAGGACAGCUUAGUGGUUGGGGAGGGGAUAGAAGCUGUGACUGUCCAGGAAGAGGAUGUUAGACAUACUUGAUGAGAAGAUAUGGCAGAUAAAUCUUCUGCUUAUAUCUGACUCCACUAGUACUCUGCACUCAAGGUCUGAAUUAGUGGCUCAUGCCAACUGUCAGUGCCCUGUAUCUUUAUCAGGCCUCAAACCAGGCCCUGGUACAGAGAUAACACUUGUUGCUGAGGGAGAAGCUCCCUCCUUUAUCAUUGAUAAGGGAAAAAAAUUACAUUCAUCCUGGUGGGUCUUUCUGUUGAUCAGUAGUAUUAGAUACCUCAAGUAUGCCUGCAGCCAUUUGGAAGUAGAAAAGGAAUGAGUGCACAUACCAUGAAAUGGCGUAGGCCUUCCUUUGUGACCCAGGCAGAGGCUGAGCCAUGCAGUCUCUAUCUCCAGACUCGGUUACUACAGCUCAUACCUAGGAGUGAAGUUACAUACCCUAAGAAGGAUUUGGUGGGUGUAAAACAACACCCAAUCCUUCUAGCAUUGUGUGUUGUUGUAGGGACUCCAUCUUAAUGCUCUGCCCUCUUCACUUGUUCUGUUUUUCCAUAAAAAGUUAGGAGGUUUUUGACCCAACAGUUAUUUUCCUCCAGAAGUUGACCCUAGCUGCCUGACAGCACCUUUCUCUGCAGCCAUGAACUCCCAUGACACUGGAUCAGUGCAAUUGUCAACCAACAGGGAGAGACUUGAGUUUAGAAGACAGAACUUCCACUAGAGCAAACAACAAAUUGCUCUGUCGCAAGAGAUAAGCGUCUGAGUACUUAACCUCUAUAGAACCAAACAGAAAAUCUCUAUUGGAUGCAACUCUUACUCAUUUUUUUUUCAGGCAGAAUGUGCUCAUAUACAGAGAGGAAGCUAGUUUGAUUGAGAUCCUGGGAUUUGAAUCGGCUUCAGGAUUUAGCAUCCACCUAGCUUGGGGCUAGAAUAGAGGCAUGUGCUAUAGGUAGUGUUUAGGAUUCAACUAAGACUGAUUUUAUUUGGUUGAAUGUAGGAGAAUCUGGUUUGGGUGGGUCAUAGACUUGAGCUUGAGUGUUCAUUUUGUUGGGAUUAUAGCAGCAAAUGGAGUUGAUCGGAAGUUGGUCCCAGGAGGACAUACAGCUGUGGAGAGAAAUGCUGUUAGGGCAGUUAAUUCCCCAUCAGCCCAGCUGGCAGUAGGCAUGGUGGUGUGGCGGGAGGUCAGUGUGUAAUGCUGAUUCCUCAAUCAUUGGAGAACUGUGCGAGUACAGUGCUUCCUACUUCAGUCCUUUAUAUCAUUCGUAUGUUUUAAGUAUUUCCUGUGUGAGCAGUAAGAGUUUAUAGCCUCAGUCUUUGUAGUUGAUCAGAGCCUAGGUUUGUGCCCCUGUUUUAAUCAGUGCUCAUUUACCUUUGGCAUCCUUCAGUGGAACAGAAUGGUAUGCCUUUCAGUUGUCAUGGAAACAGUGAGACUAAAUGCAUAUUACCAUGGCAACCUGCCAUGAUCUUCAGCUCUGUCUGUAGGUCUUAUUUCCUAACCAUGGGGGUGGGGUGGUGAUAAUGGAUCUUCCACUGUUU